UGGGCCUGCGAACAUGUCAGGGUUUCAGGUAGCUCCGGUGGAGGGGGGGUGCCCCAUGGCGCUGCCGCCCGGCGAGACAGUCCUAGGACGAGGCCCCCUGCUGGGAAUUGCAGAUAAACGAGUAUCCAGGAAGCAUGCAAUCCUGAGAGUAACCGGAGAUCAACUUUGUAUCAAACCGGUUCACGUAAACCCUUGUUUUUAUCGACCCUCUGAACACAGCCCGCUUUUGCCGCUUGUCGCGGACGAAUGGCACCGCCUGAGCCCCGGUGACGACUUUUCCCUGUUAGUGGACAAAUAUGUCUUCAGGGUUGCUUUCGCUCGCACCGAGAGGGAAGACCUGAAAAGUCGAAACGGUGAAGACCUUGAUGCAGGAGAGGUGCCCAAUCAGACAUCCAAGAUGCCCCCCAAGCAGUCUUCAGUGCAGCAGAGAUCCUCUUCUAGCGAUGACAAGCUCCUGGAAGUCCACUCUGUGUUGGAAAGAACAGCUGGAAUGCCCCAAAAGCUUUCUUCUAGUGCAGCUGAGCCGGAAAAGCCGAAUUCCCCUUCAAGGAAAAGAGUCCUCCCAGCAUGGAUGCUCCAGGGCGAUCUAACAGCUCCAAGUUCGUCACCUUCAGUCUCUGGAAGAGGGAAAAAUGAAGACGGAGAGAAGAGUCCGUGGAAAAAGCCAAAAAGGACCGCGAGCGAAGAUGCUGCCCUCUCGUUACAGGAUAUCCAGGGAGUCGCUACAGAAUCUGCUGCCUCGGAAGCAGAGGACAAUGAUACGAAAGUUGUACCUCAAAUACGUAAAAGUUCGACAGUGCCGAAUGAAAGCUCGGAUCCCAGCCAAUCAGCACAUCAGUCCACUGAAAGAGAUACGAGUAAUAAAAUGGAAAUCGAAGAAGGUGCCACAUGUGAAGCAGAGAACCAAGGAAUGGCGUCUCGGUCUCCAGUUCACCAGGAUGAGAAUGAAGCGUUCCUACCAGAUCAGACUACUGAAGCAGACAUUUCAGAUUUAACUGGAAGUUCAGAUGUACCACAGAGCUCUAACGUAACUGUGCACAAGAGGAUCCCUUGCCAAUAUGGAAGAAACUGCUACAGGAAGAACCCUGUACACUUCCAGGAGUUCUCUCAUCCUGGUGACGGUGAUUAUCACGACCCCGAAGUUGUAACUGCAGCCGAUGAUGAUCAGCGGCCUGAAUGCCCCUAUGGAACUGCUUGUUACAGGAAGAAUCCGCAGCACAAGAAAGAGUAUAAGCACACGGCACCCCCAGAACCCGAAAGAAGGCAGAGGAGACCAAAGCCUACCAAAAAAGGAAGAAGCGUCUUGGAGGACGACAGUGAUAACGAUGGGACCAAUGAGUACGAUCUGGACGACAGCUUCAUAGAUGAUGAAGAGGAAGAAGAGUGUGAGCCCACGGAUGAAGAUUCAGACUGGGAGCCAGAUUUUGAGGACAAAGAUAAUGAAGAUGUUGACGCCCUCUUGAAGGAAGCACAGAAGUUUAUUAAAACCAAGAAGUAAUUGGGUCUGUGCAAUCUACAGGCUUUGAACAUAGCAGUGAACGUUAAAAAAACAUUUUAAAUCCUACCAAAUAUAUGAAAACACCUGAAAUUGAUCUGACCUAAGCAUUCUGAACUUAGUUGAUUAUUAUCUUUUGUUCAGUUUGUGUUCUUUUCCCCACCAGAUUUGUGUCCCAUUUGCUCAAGUUGGGGAAAGAUAGAUUAGAAGAUUGUUUCAAUACUUUUAAGAGAGAAUUAUUUUUUCUACUUUUAGACCAAUGCCAGAUUCAUGAAUUUAAAAAAAUGUGCUGAACACAAUGAGGCUAGAGUCACGCACUUGAGUCCCUUCUAUUUCAAUGUAGAAUGUUUCAGCAAAUACUCAAAGCUUGCGUUAAACUGAAUAUUUUAAAAUCCUUUAUUUUGGUUCAAUUUAACCAUUGAACGUUAGUCAGAAACCCUGUUUUAUAUCGGUGUGGAUGAGCCUGUCACAUAAAAAAAUGAGACUGAAUUGGGACAAAGGUAUGUAAAACUUCGUAAAAUCUCUCUUUUCACAAACGUUAAUGUCACAGGGACAAUCUUGAAAUGUGGUGUUGUAGCAACUUCUGUGCCAUUAACAUCUUCAAAGCUGUGCUUUGGGUCUUAAAAUGAGACCUUAGGAGUGCAUUUGUGCCAUGCUUAAUGCUAAGGGAAGAAAGGAAUUGCACUCCGUAUAUGAGAAGUUCAAAAAACUCUACAUCUGCCGCUAAAGCAAUUAGGAUUUUGCUUCCUUUGUGUCUACUGUCAGCUGGUAACCGAGCCAUAAACAAUUACUGUCCUUUAUUACUUGUAAUGUAUCAACCAACACUGCAAAUAGCGCUACCUUACCUUUUGUAUUUGAAGAAGAAAUGUUUAUAAAUUUGUCCUGAAAGGCAA